AUGGUGAACCAGGAAAGAGGUGGUGAUGGUGUUUUUGUAAGGGAACAAGGAGAAGGGAAUUUGAUAUGGUCAAUUAGGGUGUUGUUAGAUUGAGUUUUAUUUUUAGAUUUUUUGGAGUGUACUUAAUUAACUCAGGGUUGCAAAUAUUCCCCAUCAAAAACCAUAUCAGAUUUGUUUGGAAAGAAAACCAAAUCGUUUAUGGUAAUAUUUAUAGGAAUGAUCGUGAAGAAUUGAUAAGCACAACAGAACAAAUACAAACGGAGAGAAUCAGAACAAAGAAGAGGGGGAGAGAAGAAUACAACAAUUUUUUAUACAGACACGAUGGAGGCGGAGAUGGCAGACGUCGAAUCACAAUCUGCGCAUCAAGAAUCAAAUACAGUGGCAAUCUUUAGGAAACCCAAUCAACCUGUGACGCUAAAGUUUGACGAUGUCGUGUACCAAGUCAAAGUGAACAAAGCAUCAUGUUUGUCUCGAAGGAAAACCAAUUCCGAAGAUGAAAGAAUGGUUCUUAAAGGAAUGACAGGAGUGGUUCAUCCUGGAGAAGUAUUAGCCAUGUUAGGUCCAUCGGGGAGUGGCAAAACAACUCUGUUAACAGCAUUAGGAGGCAGACUUGGUGGGAAGAUCAGCGGAACCAUAACUUACAAUGGCAAGCCGUUCUCGAAUUCGAUGAAGCGAAACACUGGAUUUGUCACUCAAGAUGAUGUUCUUUAUCCCCACUUGACUGUGACCGAAACAUUAGUCUUCACAGCUCUUCUUAGACUACCAAACAACCUCACAAAACAGAACAAGAUCACUGAAGCAGAGAAUGUGAUAACCCAACUUGGGUUAACAAAAUGUAAGAAUACCAUCAUUGGAGGUCCACGUUUGAGAGGGGUUUCGGGCGGGGAGCGAAAAAGGGUUAGUGUAGGACAAGAAAUGCUUAUAAAUCCGAGCCUAUUGUUCUUGGAUGAACCAACAUCAGGGCUUGACUCGACGACUGCUCAAAAGAUUGUGUCAACGUUGUGGGAGCUAGCCAAAGGAGGGAGAACUGUUGUGAUGACCAUACAUCAGCCUUCAAGUAAGCUUUUUUAUUUGUUUCAUAAGGUGCUGGUGUUGUCUGAAGGAAACCCUUUGUACUUCGGAGAUGGAUCAAGAGCUAUGGAUUAUUUUGCUAGUAUUGGCUACACGCCUUCAGUCGCCAUGAAUCCUGCAGAUUUUCUUCUAGAUUUGGCUAAUGGUGUUACAUCGGAUGAUUCAUGUGAUAGUGAAGCAACUGUUAAGCAGACUUUGGUUACUGCAUAUAAGACCAAUCUUGCCAACAAGUUGAAAUUGGAAAUUCAACAAACAAAUGAUCAUCCCAGUUAUAAUGACAUUGAAGUGGAAGCCAGGAAAUUCGGACAGUGGCCUACGACUUGGUGGCAACAAUUUACUGUGUUAUUGAGGAGAGGGUUCAAAGAGAAGAGGCACGAGACCUUCACCGCUCUGCACAUUGGCCAACUCCUAACUAUGGCUGUGAUUGCAGGUUUACUGUGGUGGCAAUCUAAUGUUUCUCAUCUUCAAGAUCAGGUUGGUCUCCUCUUCUUUCUCACCGGAUUAUGGAGUGCGGUCCCAAUGAUGCAGGCCAUAUCGACAUUUCCCCAAGAACGAAUGAUGCUGGAAAAGGAGCGAUCGUCGAGAAUGUACAGGCUAUCGUCCUACUUCAUGUCAAGAACACUAGGUGUUCUUCCAAUAGACCUUGCCAUGCCAGCAGUUUGUAUGAUCAUAACAUACUGGAUGGGAGGGCUCAACCCCAACCCCCGGAACUUCUUCCAGUCCUUAUUUGUUAUUCUAAUACUUGUUGUCUUAGUAGCUCAAGGCCUUGGGCUUGCAAUUGGUGCAAUCAUAAUGGACCAAAAAAUAGCCCCGACAUUUGCAUCGGUCGUCAUGUUAUCCUUCCAAUUAGCUGGCGGAUUCUAUGUCCAGAAAGUGCCACCCUUUAUUGGUUGGAUUAAGUACAUUUCCAUCAACUAUCACUCCUUGAAGCUCCUACUGGCGUCGCAAUAUAAGGCAAAUCAGACGUACCCUUGCGGCGGCGAAGGCCAAUUGUGUAUUGUGGGAGAGUUUCCUGCUAUAAAGGCCGUUGGGUUUGAUGGACAGGUUGUUUCGGUGAUUGCUUUGGUCAUUAUGCUUGUUGGUUAUCGAGUGGUUGCUUACAUUGCUCUCAUGAGAAUGGGAGUGACCAAGAAGUAGGAAAGUAUAUGGUUACUCAAGUACAAGAGGAAACAAAAAAGACAGAAAAAUCGAGAUUUUUGUAUGUUUACUUUUUAUACAUAUUGUGAUGCCUAAAUUAUGAAGACCCUUAUAGGCUAUAACCACGCCUUGGAUUUUGACCUCCACUGUCAGGUAAGAAACCGUCUAGGCCUGACGGCCCGAGCAUGCAUGUAGAUUAUAUGAUGCUUACUUGACUACUUCUUAAUUUUUACAUUACUCAAAAAACCUUACAUUAGCCAAUAAAUAACAUAUCAUUUCCCUGAAA